AUGUUUGGCCCUAUGAAAAAUGAUAAGUGGCGAUUGGAAGUAGAGAAAAUUGAACCAGAAAAUAGAACCAUCAGAGCUGCCAUCAAAAAGCUGCACGAAUCCGGGUUCAAGUGCAUGUAUGGUCGUUGGCUGAUUGAUGGCUACCCAAAGGUGAUCCUGUUUGAUCUGGGAUCGGGUGCCUUGAAGAUGAAUGAGUGGAAGCAGGAGUUGUUCGAUAGGUGCCGAAUUGGUAUUCCACACGAGGACAUUGAAUCUAAUGAUGCCGUGAUUUUCGGAUUCCUAGUGGCAGUCUUUCUGAAACAUUUUAGAGAAGCUAUUACUGAUUAUCAACCCUUAGUGGUGGCCCAUUUCCAUGAAUGGCAAGCGGGUGUCGGACUGCUUAUGGCUCGACUUUGGAAGCUGGACAUCGCUACGGUGUACACAACGCAUGCAACCCUUCUGGGUAGGCAUCUUUGCGCUGGCGGAUGUGAUUUCUACAACGCUCUUGGCACGAGGCUGGAAAACGAAAAGCAAUACUGCCUUGAACGAGCUGCAUGUCAUUCUGCUCACAUCUUCACAACCGUGUCGGAAAUCACUGGACUAGAAGCCGAAUAUCUACUAGAUAGAAAGCCUGAUAUUUUAACUCCUAACGGCCUUAAUGUCGUCAAGUUUUCCGCUUUACAUGAGUUUCAGAAUUUGCACUCAAUGGCCAAAGAGAAAAUUCACAACUUCAUUCGUGGACAUUUUCAUGGUCAUUUGGACUUCGAUUUGGAUAAAACGCUUUAUUUGUUCACUGCCGGC